GGUAUUAUCAAAAUUCACAAAGAGUAAAAAUAAAAGAGAAUAGAGCGAGCUGCGAGAGGAGAAAAAAGGAAACAGAAGAACGCGAGCCAGCGACACCAUUGUUCGUUCCAAUUCGAGAUUAAUUAAUCAAUAGUAAGAAACAACAACUAGAUUAAGUGUGUGCAAAGCCAUGAAAGAGAUGUUAGGUUCAGCUUCAACAUCAACAACAAUCAAUUCUUCCAAUAUAGGGUUUCAGCUAUUGAAGAAGCAUGGUUGGAAAGAAGGGACUGGUCUUGGGAUCUAUGAGCAGGGUAGAUUAGAACCGUUGGAAACUCGUGUGAAGAAUAAUAAACGAGGUUUGGGAGCUGAUAUAGUGAAGAAAAAGGUUGUUAAGCCUGAUCAUGGUGAUUCCUCCAAAGCAGACAAUAAGCAGGAACAAAAGAAAACCAAAGCACUUCCUAAACGGGUGAGAAAGAUGCAGGAGCUUGAAAAGAAGAUGCAGGAGAAGGAAUUUGAGCGCGCUUUCUUUAGAGAGUUCUGGCCUGAAAAUGUGUGAGAAUUGAUGAUGUGUUCAUAGCAUUUCCUCUUGCAUUCACUUUCUUAGUAAUGAAGAUGAUUUCAGAGUUCGUGCAAGUUGGAUAAAGAUGUACUAACAUGAUAUAGGAAAGAUUUAUGCAAACUGAAGGAAUUUCAGGCACCUUUUUUCAUGUGUAAAUAAUCAACUUUUUUUUUAACCAAUUUAUUUUGUACAAUGGAGAAAUGAGAGGCCAUGUCCCUCCUAGUUAAAAAAUUAUGAUAUUUUCACAUGGGAGAUCUUUCACAUGUACUAUUUUUUUUUGGUAAUGUACUAUUUUGUUUAGAAAAUAUAAAUAUUUAAUUUAGCCUACGUAAACACACUGUUCAUCCUUUUCAGUUUUCAACACUUCAAUGACUAUAAAAUAUUGCUUGUG